UUGACGCACUCCACACUGCAAAGAACAUGCAAACCUUUUACCAACAUAACGAGAACAGGCUAUCCACACCGUCAAGGCAACAUCCUCGCGACCCGAUGUUGUCCUCAAGAGAUUUCUGGGCUUAAUGGUUGGCGCAUCGCCGAUAUUUAGCAGUAUCCUCCUCCUGGUUUCGUUAGCGAAGACACCCAAACCUACGAAGAGGAACAUUACGUGUACCGCGACUCCAAGACUCAAGAGAGCAAACUACACAAGCACAGCUUUAAGGCCUACCUUCAAUGUUCUCUCUGGUAUUGUACAAAGGGCAUCCUUUCGAAGACAAGCCAAGCUCGUGUCUAAAACUGGUUUUCAUCUUGUCAUGUUGCCGAGCGGGAUGUUAAAAGGAAGCGUCAAGCCCAGUACUAUUGACAAGUAUGGUGUAUUUGAGCUUCAGUCUUAUGGUCCAAGCGUGAUACGCAUCAAAAGUGUAGCCCACCAAAGAUUCAUCGCAAUAGAUCAAAAUGGAAAAGUAUACUCAACGGAAAACGCCACAGUGUCUACAGUUUUACUUGAAACACAGCGACUUAACUCGUUCCAUUCCUUUAGUUCUUAUAUGUACCACGGCAAGGGAAUGCACAAAAACUGGUACCUCGCAAUCAAACGGAAUGGUCAUAUGAAAAAUGCUGGCAAAGUUUUACGCCAUCACAAGUCUUAUCAAUUUCAAGUCCUGCAUAAGACUAAGAAAGGGAAACCCCACAAAGACACAUUUUGGCUUCCAGGGCAAAAUCGGCUCAAAGGAUAG